AUGGAAGGUGUUGUGUCAAAUAGAGUUGUUGAAAUUCAGAGUCUUACCUCCCCAUGCCACUGGUACCAUUGUCCAGGUAAAGAAAAUCCUGUUGAUCUUGUGUCUAGAGGGGAGUUAGCCGAACCCCUUGUUAAUUCUACUUUAUGGAUAAAUGGCCCUUCUUGGUUGUCUGAACCUUUAACUCUAAGUGAUAAAGGAGAAACUGUAGAGUUACCUGUUGAAGAAAGUUGCAGUAAAGGAAAUAUUUCUUGUGUAUCUGUAAACUCUCCUAACAUAUUUGAGUUUGAGAGAUGGAGUAACUUCAAUAAGGCACGUUGUGUGGUGGCUUGGGUUAUGAGAUUUAUUAAUAAUGUCCGACCUCAUUCUGUGAAGAUGUCAGGUCCCUUGUCUCCUGCUGAGUUAGCAGUGGCCAAGACCAAAUUGUUCUACUGUGUACAGAGAGAGAAUUUUGUUCAGGAAAUUGCAGACUUGAAAAAGGGUAAAUCUCCUUCAAAGGGUUCUCCUUUGUGUAGUUUAGAUCCUUUUGUAGAUGAUGAAGGCCUAUUGAGAAUUAAGGGACGUUUGGAGAAUGCUGAUUUAAGUUUUGAAAGUAAACAUCCUGUUAUUAUUCCUUCAGGUCAUGUUGCUAAGCUCUUGGUUCAAUUUCAGCAUAUUUUUCUGAAGCAUGCUGGAGUAGGGACCAUUGUGUCUACUUUAAGAGGCAGCUACUGGAUUUUGGGAGUCAGGAGAAUUGCUAAAACUGCUUGUAGUCAGCCUGCUGCACCUCUACCAGGAUUAAGAGUUAAGAUUGCUCCUCCCUUCACUGUGACAGGUCUUGAUUAUGCUGGUCCUCUCUUUUAUAAUGCCAAAACAUUUGUGAGUGCAGCUCGUCAACUUCAGCAAGAAUAUGGACCAUUGUCUCCUCAAUGGAAAUUCAUUGUUCCCCGUUCUCCAUGGUGGGGAGGUUGGUGGGAGCGUUUGAUUAGGUCUGUUAAGUCAGCUUUGAGGAAGACAAUAGGGGUUAAAUGUUUGUCAAAAAUUGAGUUAGAGACCACCAUUCAAGAAAUUGAGGCUUGUGUGAAUUCUAGACCCUUAACAUAUGUUGGAGAUGAACCUGAUGUUUCUAAUCCUUUGACUCCCUCACAAUUUCUCAUUGGACGUAAUGCUGGACUUCAACUCGAGGUUAAUGAUCAACCUUCAUGUAUCACCGGAAAGGAUUUGAUUAUCCGAGAAAGUAUUCGCCAGCAACAACUUGAUAAGUUUUGGAAAUUAUGGAGCAAUGAUUAUCUAAGAAACUUGCCACCUGUUGUGAAGGGAUUUGUGCAAAAAUGUAAUGUAAAGAAAGGUGCUAUUGUCCUUGUCAGAGAAGACUAUGUUCCUAGGCUAAAAUGGCCAUUAGGUGUUGUAACAGAAGUAUUCCCAGGUAAUGAUAAUAUCAUUAGGAGUGUCAUGGUAAAAACUGACAAAGGAGUAAUUAAUAGACCAGUGCAGAAGUUGCAUGAUCUUGAAAUGUAUAGUGAUCUUUAUGAAGAUUCUGAUGAAGAUUUGAGAGAAUCUAUCUCAGGGGAAAUUGUUAAAUCAUCAGUUCCUGGAAACAAUGAAAAUAGUGCCUCUGAACCUUGUAAAGAGAGUUGUUUAAACCCUACUUCCUUUAGUCAGCGGGGUCGUGCCAUAAAACCCCCAAAUAAACUUGACUUGUAA